AUGCAUCUCCUUUUCCUCAUCGCACUCUGUCUUGGCCUAGUGGCUGCAGAAAGCCACUGGCCUCCUGUCUUGGACGGCACCGAAGUUGUUAAAGAGGGACUCAAGGUCUACUACUCGGUCGAUCUUGAUACUUAUACAGACGCCGAUGCGCCGGACAAAACCUAUAUUCUACUGAAUCAGGUUAAGAUACCAUAUUCUAGUCAGGCCGACGGCUCUGCUCUGAUUUCCAAAGACGAUCUACAGAAAUUCGACAACUGCGACUCUUCCUUCCGACCAGUGCACGUCUACCCAAACCGGCCGGCGCAGUUCCCGCCCAAGAAGAACAAUCCAGACUAUGCUCAAGCUCCAUCGAAUCUCCAUGUUUCCAGUUCCGAAAAACACAGAAUCAAUGUGCAGUGGACGAACAACUAUGCCCCCAACACGAACCACUACGGUAAACUUCUCUUCCGUCUGCAGCGUCGAGGCCAGCCAGCUCAGCAAUGGGACAUUGACAACGGCUACACACAGUCUUAUUCCGUCGGCCCAUUCGAACCCAACGUUCAGUACCUCAUCAGCGUUAAAGCUGGUUAUAGUUACGGGACUGGCUACGGGUACUCCAAGUGGACAACCAUUGUGUGGACCUCGCCUGACAACGGCCCUCCCAUUAUCGGCUGGCGCCCACGGUAUAGCAUCGGCCCAGGCAAUGCAAAGACCGGUUCUGCAGUGACUGCUCUCUGGGCCCGCAAGUACCAUCUCGACCUUUUCAUUGUCAACAGUGACGGCCACGUGGUCACCAAUUGGUGGGAAUCCGACAAAGGUUGGAACGGUUGGUACAGUAUUGGCUGCGACAACAAAAACUACUUCUGUCCCAAGUUUGCCCCAGGAACCAAAGUCACAGCCUUGUGGCGCAGUAACUAUGCGCAUAUAGACGUCUUUGUUACGAGUCCCGACGGCAUAGUAUGGGCUACCUGGUGGAAUGUGGGAGAUGCAGCUUGGCGAUACUGGGCUACCGUUCAACUCGAGACAGCGGCAGCUGCAAGUGCUCCAGUCGAGGCCAUUUGGAACAAAGAAGAAAACCACUUGGAUCUCUUUGUUUCAGACAUCAACGGCGAUGUCAUGUGGACAUAUGUUGACAAGGGUAGCGACUGGGCGUCGUGGGCUGGUAUUUCUACCAUGACUGGCAUGGUUCCUGGAACACCGAUAACAGCAAGCUGGCUGUGGGACUAUUCGAAGUUGCACAUUUAUGCUACAGACAAGAGGGGCUACAGGCCUCACGCCGUAAGAAAGGCCACUGAUAAGGACAUUUGGUACGCGGCCUACGGCUUGGGCCCCAACAUGGCGAUGCGCCCCGGAUCCAAGCUGUCCGUCACUUGGUUCGGAAGCAACGUACUCGUCGCGGGGCUAGGAACCGAUGUGGACGGCAACAUUUGGCAAACGACGAGGUGAGGCGCUCGCAUGUAAACUACGUUAACAUUAAUGGUCAUCUAAAAACUCGAUAAAUGUAAAGUAUUUACACCACACAUGAUACUAUAAAAAGAUUUAAUAGAAAAUAUAAUUUUAUAAUAUUUAUUAAAGAAUAACGUUAUUUGAAAGAUU